AUAGCAGACAACUUGUCAGUUUCGGGCCAAAAAUAUAAAAGGGCUCACGUGCACCUGCGUGCACUACCGGCGUUUACUAAAAUUUAGUAUAGCUGUUAUAUAAAUUGAUUGUAAUUGUAAUUUUCGAAUUGAAAAAUUUUGCAUUUUAAAUGUUUCCACACAUUACUGCAACAUGCCUCUUGCGAUCAGCGAAAUGUGCUUUACGGCACGCUCGAUCUUCUAUCUUAUACCGAAAGACUAUUUCGCGUUCUUAUGCAGCUGUAUCCAAAUUUUCAGAGCAUAAGGAGCUGGAGAAAAUCAGAAACAUAGGGAUUUCUGCUCACAUUGAUUCAGGAAAGACCACAUUGACUGAGCGUGUGCUGUUUUACACUGGACGAAUUGAAGAAAUGCAUGAAGUCAAGGGUAAAGACAGUGUAGGUGCAGUUAUGGAUUCCAUGGAGCUGGAGAGGCAAAGGGGAAUCACAAUCCAAUCAGCAGCAACCUACACAGUGUGGAAGGAUCACAAUGUGAACAUUAUUGAUACUCCGGGGCACGUAGAUUUUACUGUGGAAGUUGAAAGAGCUCUCAGAGUACUAGAUGGAGCAGUUCUUGUUCUUUGUGCUGUAGGAGGAGUGCAAAGUCAAACAUUGACUGUAAACAGGCAGAUGAAGCGUUACAAUGUACCCUGCCUGGCAUUUAUCAAUAAGCUGGAUCGAUUGGGCUCCAAUCCCUAUAGAGUUUUACAUCAACUGAGGACGAAAUUAAAUCAUAAUGCUUCUUUUCUACAACUCCCAAUUGGUUUAGAAAGUGAAUGCAAGGGAGUUAUUGAUUUAGUCCAUCAAAGAGCCAUUUAUUUUGAAGGAGUUCUUGGAACUACCAUCAGGUAUGACGAAAUACCAAGCGAUAUGAGAGCAGAGAGUGAAGACCGGCGACAGGAAUUAAUCGAAAGCGUUUCGAACGUUGACGAAAUACUUGGCGAAAUAUUUCUUGAGGAAAAGGUUCCUACUGAACUAGAUCUCAUGGCUGCUAUUCGUCGUUCAUGUAUCAAACGAGUCUUCACGCCAGUAAUGCUGGGUACUGCAUUGAAAAACAAGGGUGUACAACCCUUAUUAGAUGCCGUUAUUGACUAUUUACCAAAUCCAGGAGAAGUCGUCAACUAUGCUCAUAUAGAAAAGGAAGGUGAGGAACGAGAGAAAAUUAUACUGAAUCCAGCUAGAACGUCAGCAAGUCCUUUUGCUGGGCUGGCCUUUAAGUUGGAAGCCGGACGCUUUGGGCAAUUGACUUAUGUUCGAGUAUACCAAGGUAUGCUCAAAAGGGGAGAUAAUUUGUAUAAUACUCGUACAAGAAAGAAGAUUCGUGUUGCUCGUUUAGUGCGAAUGCAUUCUAACGAGAUGGAGGAUGUCAAUGAAGUAUAUGCCGGUGAUAUCUGCGCACUUUUUGGUGUCGAUUGCGCCAGUGGAGACACUUUCGUCACCGAGCCUAAAUUAGAAAUAGCUCUAGAAUCAAUUCAUAUACCAGAACCAGUUAUCUCAAUGGCAAUUCGCCCGGCCCACAGCAAAGAUAUGGACAGCUUUUCCAAAGCAGUCGGUCGUUUUACUAAAGAAGAUCCUACCUAUCAUAUUAAUUACGACACAGACAACAAAGAAACGAUCGCGUCCGGGAUGGGUGAGCUUCACUUGGAAAUUUAUGCUCAACGUAUGGAACGCGAAUACAAUUGCCCAGUUGUUAUGGGCAAGCCCAAAGUGUCUUUUAGAGAAUCACUUCUUUCUCCUUGUGAAUUUGAUUAUUUGCACAAGAAGCAAUCGGGAGGCUCAGGUCAAUUUGGACGAAUCUCUGGAGUGAUGGAACCGCUACCUGCUACAGAGAAUACUAAAGUGGAGUUUGUUGACGAAACAAUGGGCACGAACGUACCAAAGACAUUUAUACCUGCCAUUGAGAAGGGAUUCCGAAUGAUGGUGGACAAAGGGUUGCUUUCUGGACACAAGAUUGCUGGAGUCCGAUUUAUCGUUCGUGACGGUGCUCAUCACAUAGUCGAUUCUAACGAAAUUUCAUUUAUUUUGGCUGCACAAGGCGCUGUGAAAGAGGUUUACGAAAACGGUUUCUGGCAUAUCCUUGAGCCGAUCAUGAGUGUGGAAAUUACUGCCCCUGAAGAAUUUCAAGGAACUGUAAUCGGACAACUCAACAAGCGCCACGGUAUCAUCACAGGAACGGAAGGAAAUGAUGGCUGGUUUACAGUCUACGCUGAAGUACCACUCAACGACAUGUUUGGUUACUCCACCGAGAUACGUUCGACUACACAAGGAAAAGGAGAGUUUUCAAUGGAAUAUUCGCGCUAUUCGCCAGCUUUACCCGAUGUCCAACACCAGGUCAUCAAUAAAUACCGAGAAUCUAUAGGCAUCAGUACCACGGACAGCAAGAAAAAGAAGAAGUAACUUAGGUUUAAAUUAGUAUUAGUUACAAGCAAUUGUGUGAAGUAUCAGCUAUUGUCAUCCAAAACUUAUUCGGUAUUUCCUGCUAGUGACAUUUUGUAAUAUAAACGGUUGACUUGUUCGACAUGUAAAAUCUGA